GGAAGCAGCACGAGGAGGGCGGCGGCGGCCAUGGAGGGCAGCGCGAGGCCGGAGCUGCGCAUCUGCGAGGGCGACUGCGCCGUGCUCAAGCGGGACGACGUCUUCAAGGCGGUGCCCGUGCUGCGGCGGAGAAAAAUAAUUUUUGAAAAGCAGUGGUUCUAUCUGGAUAAUGCCAUCGGACAUAUUUAUGGAACUACAUUUGAAGUAACUAGUGGUGGAAACCUCCAGCCAAAGCAAGAGAUGGAAGAGACUACCACAGAAACAAAAGAAGCAGGUACAGAUAAUCGUAACAUAGUUGACGAUGGAAAGUCUCAAAAACUGACUCAUGAUGACAUAAAGGCUUUGAAGGACAAGGGUAUUAAAGGACAGGAAAUAGUUCAACAGUUAAUAGAGAACAGUACAACAUUCCGAGACAAAACAGAAUUUGCUCAGGAUAAGUACAUAAAGAAGAAGAAGAAAAAAUAUGAGGCAGUUAUUACAAUUGUAAGACCAUCUACUCGCAUUCUUUCAACAAUGUAUUAUGCAAGGGAGCCUGGAAAAAUUAACCAUUUGCGAUAUGACACUCUAGCUCAGAUGUUGACUUUGGGAAACAUCCAUGCUGGCAACAAAAUGAUUGUAAUGGAGACAUGUGCAGGCCUUGUGCUGGGUGCUGUGAUGGAGCGAAUGGGAGGCUAUGGAUCCAUUAUUCAGAUGUAUCCAGGAGGGGGACCUGUUAGAGCUGCCACCAGUUGUUUUGGAUUUCCAAAACCUUUUUUCAAUAAUCUUCAUGAAUUUCCUCUCAGCAAAGUAGAUAGUCUUCUCUCUGGAACAUUUUCCAUAGAGACUCUGCCUUCAGAACCUGAAGAUAAUGUAAUAGUGGAAGAAGAAAGCAAUGGAUCAAUUGAUGAAAAGCAGACUUAUAUACAAGAAACAGAAGAGGAAUCUACUCCUGAAACAGCUAUGGAGAGUAAUCAAACAGAAGAGCAAGAAACAAUGGACAUUAAUGCUGAAAAUAGAGGAUUUAAAGAAAACCAAGAAAAAGAAAAUAAAGAAAAUGUUCGGGAAAAGCAAAGAAAACAACAAGAGAGAAGGAAAAAGCUACUGGAAACUGCUGCUUUGCUGAGAGAGAAGAAUGCUGAUGGGCUAAUUGUAGCCAGCAAGUUUCAUCCCACACCUUUAUUACUUUCUUUAUUGGAAUUUGUCGCUCCUUCAAGGCCUUUUGUUGUCUAUUGCCAGUAUAAAGAGCCAUUAUUAGAAUGUUACACAAAGCUAAGGGAAAGAGGCGGUGUUAUUAACCUAAAGCUGUCUGAAACCUGGCUACGAAGCUAUCAGGUCUUACCAGAUCGAAGCCAUCCAAAACUGACAAUGAGCGGAGGUGGGGGGUACCUUCUCUCUGGUAUUACUGUUGUCUUGGAUAAGAGCAAAUCUGAUUCCAGCACUUUAGAAGCACUGAAGAUGGAAGAGCCAUCAUCUAAAAAACGGAAAGUUCAAGACCUUGAACAUUGUUAACAUUUGAAGAACUGAUUUGCUUUUCAGAUCUCAGGAGUCUUACAGUUAGUAAAGUAACUAAGGUACUUUCUGUGCUCUUGACAACAUAGAAAUAGUACCUGUCGUACAUCUGCCAGCAGAAGCUAAAGAUGUGUUGUAGAGGAUUGUCUCUCCCCUUUGCCAGCUACAUGAUCAGGAGGAGAAAAACCCUUGGAAGUAAACAUCUGUCAAACACCACACUGAAAACACACUGACUUCAGAAAGACCUUCUAAUGAUCAAGCUGAGAAGAUAACCUGGGAAUGAGAUAAAGACUCAGUGAAACCAUUCUUUUUGUUUGUGGCCAGAAGUGGAGAUGAAGAAGCAGAUUUUUAAAAAGGUUAAAUUGAAUCAACACAUCUCACUUAGCUUCCUGUUUGUCAGAGCAGCAUCAAGGUAAAAUAUUAUGUAUAGCGAUCUGCUCCCUAUUCAGAUACAGAACCCUGCUAUGUUCAGUAAUUACCUUAAUGAAGUAGAAUAAACAGCAAAAAUCAUACACUUCUCUUUCCAACAGGAAAACAAAAAAGAAUACUAAACUCAGAACUUUAAAGCACGGCCCUAUGUUUCCUGAAAUAAAUACAGAAGAGAAGGCAUGUGUUUGUAAAUUAAAACACUGAAUAUUUAAACCA